AUGUCUAACAGAAACAACAACAACAUUAAUAAUAAAGGUAUUAGUAAAAUGAAGAACACCGUAUCCCCGGUAACUUUCAGUAAAAAUAAAACCCCCAACUCAUCACUUGGUACAAGUAAUAAUCAACCAGAUGUAGGAUGGAUCAUAAAACAAUCUAAAAGAAAUCUCUCCAGUUCUACUAAUUCUGAACCAAACUCUCCACGUGAGCAACUUUCCAAUACAAAAAAAAAAUAUUCAAAUCAGCAAAUCAGCAAAUCGUUAUGA